CUAUCUUUUAACUCGCCAAUCGCCAUCAUGACAGUGACCGUCCGGACACGGAAGUUCAUUCGCAAUCCUCUGUUGCAACGCAAACAGUUUGUAAGUGGAUAAGUAAACGACACUUCUCACUCGCGCUAUUGCCGCUCAGGUGGUAGACGUCUUACAUCCUGACCGAGCGAAUGUCCCGAAGUCCGAGCUCCAGGAUAUGAUCGCUAAAGCCAUACCCGGAGCCUUUUACCAUGUCAACUGUGUCUCAUUCCCUCCCGUAGACCUACAAAGUCACCGACAAGAGCCUCAUCUCCCUGUUCGGGUUCCGCAACAAAUUUGGAGGUGGCAAGUCUACUGGCUUUUGCUUGAUUUACGACUCUGCCGAAUCGGCUAAGAAGUAUGAGCCCAAGUACCGCUUGGUUCGGAACGGCUUUGUCGAGAAAAAAGAGACAUCCCGCAAACAGAUCAAAGAGGCUAAGAAUCGCAAAAAAAAGCAGAUUCGACAGUGUUGAUGCCAGCAUAUCACUAUUUAAUAAAUGUCCGUCUCGUAGGAUUCGAGGAACUGGGCGCCGAAUUGCCAAUCACAAGGCCAAAAAAGCAGCAAAAGACGGAUAG